CUUCCUUUUCUUCCUCUUAUUCUUCACCACACAUCUCGGCAACGCCUUCUCAACCUCGAUUUUUUUUUAUUUUCGACCUUGACUAAAACACAACAUGGGCUUCUGGACAAGAUCCGCACCCGUCCUCACGCAAGAAUACCAAGAAUCUGUCGCCCAUAGAGUCCGCGACAUCCUCACAGGCGUCGACCAUUCGUCUCAUGCCCACAGAAACAAGGCUGCCAUCAAAGCGCUCCAAAAACCGGAAGCCCUGGCUGGCGUGAUCGAGAUCUUGAGGGCUAUGCCCGAGCCUUCCUCCAGGGCAGGCGGCUGGGAUAUCGAUGAGGGUAUCGACCUGGACUCUGAAGAGGAACAGCAGGACCGAGUACGGAGCCCGAAAAUCCAGGGACUCUUCAAAGGCAAGGAGAGGGCCGGCAACAUCAACGACAAAAAGGACCCUAAACCGAAAGGGACGACUGUAGUGGCCGCAACGACAAUUGCGGCAGCGGCGGCAACCUCGGCAGCAGCGGCGACUCUGGCGGUCGCAAAGGGGAGGAGCUCAAAGCGGGCUGUCAAGGAGGAAGAGAUAACGGUGGAGGUUACAGAUAAGACGGAGACGACUACAACCAAACGGACGGUCGUGCGUUUUCAUCCCUCCAAGGACACCGUGUCCAGUCAGGCGUACUGGUGGGGCUACGAGAUCUUUAUCCCACAGGAGGCGCUCGCGAGGAUCGCAUCUGCGCAGGACGUCUCUUCAGCAUUUCUCGGGUUUCUGGGCUCGGUUGGACUAGUGGUACCAGCGAUCGUCCCCUUCCUCGGCUACAUUGCCGCCUAUGUCGGUCUCGAAUUUGCGGUGAUCAAAGCCCAGAAUGAGGGCAGGGGCGUUAUCCUCGCAAGCACAUGGCUCGUCCCUGUGGCCCUUGUUCCCAGAGCAUGGGACGUGCCCGAUGAGGACGGUAUCGAAGAUAACAGUGGUUGCGCAUAGGUGAUAAUACCAUUUUCAAUCAGUUUAG